AUGUCUCAAGCAAGUAUCCAUGAGGAGAAGAAGGGGUUGGCAGUAUCCGCUGCCAUGCAACAGAGCGAUAACAUAGCGCAUGCCUUGGCCGGUGCGGGAGGCGGCAUUCUCUCGAUGGCGUUGACUUACCCGCUCAUCACUCUCUCAACAAGGGCCCAGGUUGAAUCCAAGCGGGCGCAUUCGACAAUCUAUGACGCGGUUCGUCGCAUCGUCCGGAGGGAGGGGUUUGCCGGACUAUAUUCGGGACUUGAGUCGGCACUUUUUGGUAUUAGUGUUACCAAUUUCGUUUACUACUAUUGGUAUGAAUGGACACGCUCCGCCUUCGAAAAGGCAGCUGCAAAAGCAGGAAGGGCAUCUAGAAAGCUCACAACCGUUGAGUCCAUGAUUGCCGGUGCUAUUGCAGGCAUCGCCACAGUCAUGAUCACCAAUCCGAUUUGGGUGGUAAAUACCAGAAUGACAGCCCGCAAGUCUGAUUCGGAUCAGGAGUCAUUGCCCGGUGCUUUUCCUGGAAAGGAGCGAGCAUCGACAAUUGCUACACUGAUGGACUUGCUGCGCCGAGAGGGCCCAAAGGCCCUCUUCGCCGGUGUCCUACCAGCUCUCGUAUUGGUGGUCAACCCUAUCUUGCAAUAUACGAUCUUUGAGCAAUUGAAAAACAUCGUCGAGCGUCGCAGACGGAUGACACCCAAGGAUGCGUUCUACUUGGGCGCCCUUGGUAAAAUACUCGCUACUUCGAUCACAUAUCCCUACAUCACAGUCAAGAGCCGCAUGCAUGUUGCAAGUAAAGACGGGCCCCGGGAGAGUUUGAAUGGGAGCUUGAAGAAAAUAAUUCAGGAAGAAGGUUAUGCUGGCCUAUACAAAGGAAUUGGACCAAAAGUGACCCAAAGUGCAAUUACUGCGGCAUUCUUGUUUGGCUUUAAGGAUGUUUUGUAUGAGGCUAUGGUUUCCAUUCGGAAGAGGGGCCGUGGGAUUUCGAAGUAG